AUGAUUGAGUCGUCGGCAGUGAACAAAACUAUGGAGAAUGCGUCUGCAUUCACAAGAAGUUUUCCUUCCAAGGCAGAAGGGAUCGCACUAUGCAGCACUUUCAUUUUAUCUUUGGUCCUAAUCAUUGCAGGAAACUUGCUCACUCUGGUUCUCUUUACGGUUACCAAACCACUUCGUAGGAAAAGUUUAUUCCUAGUUAUAAACAUGGCGUUUGCUGAUUUGUUGUUGGGAACCUUUUCCGUACCCUUUUACAUUUACCUCGCUGGGGAUGCCUAUCAGCUUUGGACAGUAAAAUACGGCUUUUAUCUUAUGGUCUUCAGAUGCAUCGAUGCCAUUUUUAUGUUCGGCUCAUAUCUAUCUGCAGCCUUUAUAUCUUGUGAGAGAUUGUACGCCGUAUAUUGUCCGUUUAAACACCGAUUACUGUCCACCAAAACAUACCGCAUCGCCAUUUUCAUACUUUGGACAUUCGCUGCCUUGUUGUCUACAAUAUUAUAUUUGCUAUCGGUGUUUACUUCACUUAGAUCUGCAUUGUAUGUCUCUGUCCUAGUUCUGUUGGGUCUAACAGUAAUCAUAUGUGUCUGUAACAUCGCCAUCUGGAGAAACUUUAAACACCGGAGUAUUGACUCGCAGCAUCGAAAUGGAGCUUCAAGAAACAGACGCUUAACAAAGACCCUCCUUCUGGUGUCCAUACUGGCUUUAUUAUGUUGGCUUCCCUUAAUCAUCUUGAACAUAUUAAUCUUCAUAACUAAGACAUCAAUACCAUUGAAGUUUUAUUUCAUGGUGAACAUUCUAAAUUAUUCUAACUCUUUUGUCAAUCCGAUUGUAUAUGUAUUCAGAAUUCCUGAGUUUCAGCAAGCGCUACGUUUGUGUUGCACGACGAGGACACCAGUCAUUAAGAUGGUAAAAUUCAAAGGAGGAAACCGAACGGCUGCACUUAGAACGCUAGAGAUAGAACCAAGAAUAUUACAAAACGAUCCCACUCGCCUGCAAGUUGAUGUUGAACGAGAAUUUAUGGAAACUAAGUUGUAG